AUGCCAGCUGCAUGGUGUAGGCCGCCUCUGGGGGAGGGCGCAUCCGGACAGGCAGGGGGAGGGAAUAUUAGAGAAGGGAAACAGGAGCGGCUCUACUCACCAGAGCAGGCGGCUCUACUCACCAGAGCAGGCGGCUCUACUCACCAGAGCAGGCGGCUCUACUCACCAGAGCAGGCGGCUCUACUCACCAGAGCAGGCGGCUCUACUCACCAGAGCAGGCGGCUCUACUCACCAGAGCAGGCGGCUCUACUCACCAGAGCAGGCGGCUCUACUCACCAGAGCAGGCGGCUCUACUCACCAGAGCAGGCGGCUCUACUCACCAGAGCAGGCGGCUCUACUCACCAGAGCAGGCGGCUCUACUCACCAGAGCAGGCGGCUCUACUCACCAGAGCAGGCGGCUCUACUCACCAGAGCAGGCGGCUCUACUCACCAGAGCAGGCGGCUCUACUCACCAGAGCAGGCGGCUCUACUCACCAGAGCAGGCGGCUCUACUCACCAGAGCAGGCGGCUCUACUCACCAGAGCAGGCGGCUCUACUCACCAGAGCAGGCGGCUCUACUCACCAGAGCAGGCGGCUCUACUCACCAGAGCAGGCGGCUCUACUCACCAGAGCAGGCGGCUCUACUCACCAGAGCAGGCGGCUCUACUCACCAGAGCAGGCGGCUCUACUCACCAGAGCAGGCGGCUCUACUCACCAGAGCAGGCGGCUCUACUCACCAGAGCAGGCGGCUCUACUCACCAGAGCAGGCGGCUCUACUCACCAGAGCAGGCGGCUCUACUCACCAGAGCAGGCGGCUCUACUCACCAGAGCAGGCGGCUCUACUCACCAGAGCAGGCGGCUCUACUCACCAGAGCAGGCGGCUCUACUCACCAGAGCAGGAGUCGCAUGUGUGACCCCACACGCUCGCCACCACCCUCCCAUGCUCCUCCCGCGGCUGCUGCUGCUGCUGCUGCUGCUGCUGCUGUGUAUCCCCCAUACUGA